AGUGUUCAGUCCAAUUCAACUACCCACGGUAUAGAGACGCGUUAUAAAAUGGCGGAAACUGACGCCGUUAGUUUUUGGGAUGAGCUGACUAGCCCAAUCAAUUUAGUAUUGGUGUUUUUUAUUUUGUACCUUGUUUAUAAGAUAGUAAAGUCGCAUUUUGAAAGUGUGGAGCCCGCGGCGCCGCCUCCGCCGCCGAUGCCCAAGCUCAGGAAGGACAUGACGGUUGCGGAAUUGAAGAAGUACGAUGGAACUGACGCGGAAGGGCGUGUGUUACUUGCUGUCAACGGAAUAAUCUUCGAUGUGACGAGAGGGAAACGAUUCUACGGACCGGGUGGUCCCUACUCAGCGUUUGCCGGCAAGGACGCUACCAGAGGCCUUGCCACCGGACAGGUAGCUGCUUCGGACACGGAGUACGAUGACGUCAGCGAUCUCAGCCCAGAUGAAGUUGCGUCGGCCAAAGAAUGGGAAGACCAAUUUAAAGAAAAAUACGACAUCGUAGGACGACUUCUCAAGCCCGGCGAGACUCCAACCGUGUACAGUGAGGAAGAUGCCGAAGACAAGAAAUCGCUGUAAAUCUUAGAAUAUUUUUCCAAAUCUUGUGAUAUUUUACUACCAAGUAAGUUUGUUGGGUUAUGUUACUAAAAUAGUUAUAGAAAAUGUUUUACGAAUGUAAGCUAUUAAAUUUUAUUACACAUUUUAA